AUGCAGGGACUUAACACAGCCACAGUUGCUGAUAUUUCGCCUCUGUUUGGGGGCGCAAGAGAGGAUAGGGUGCCUAGACUUCUAGGGUUAUUGAAAGAUCCGCAUCAACCAGUUGGCAAGCCCGGUACAUUCUCUCAUACGAUUAAAAUUCUGAAUAUGGAUAAGGCAAUCGUGCAUCCCAAUUUUGCAAAGCCGCCGGAUAAAGAUACAUCAUUCCCAUCGCCAACCACAACACAAACCCUAAACAACAAGUCAUCAUCAUCAUCAACGAUCCAAUAUGAUCACGAGACAUAUCUCGAACUCCUAGCUGGGCAGAGUAAUCUCGCCGAAAAGACUGCUAGUCAGAUAUAUGAAGAGGAACGAGCACGAGAGUUGAGUUUGAGAGCGCAGGAUCCGGCUGUUUUGUCGGGGCCGUUGGAUCUGGAGGCCGAUGUUUAUAGGUAUGAGGUUGGGGAUGGGAGUAAGAAGUAA